UCUGUAAUUCCCUUCUCAACCCUGAAAGCUUUCUCUCAUCUCUGCCCCUGGCAUUCCCUUCAAUCUCCUUCUCUCUCUCUCUCUCUCUGCCCUAAUCCCUAUUUUAUCCCUCUCCGCUCCCAAUUUACCCGCCAAAUUCCGUUUCCUUGUGAUUCCUCCCCAACGACCUCUGCUUCACUAUGUCGUCCACCCUCCCGCAAAACCCUAGUUUUGAUCACGGGGCGAUGUAGUCUCCGUGGAAGGUGGCGGCUUUCCCAGCUUCCUUGAGGACCCAUUUUCGGAUUCGCCUGGGAUUUGAGCUUUCUCGCCCAAUUUUCGUUUGCUGAAGGAUCAUUUCUUGGCCGAUUUCUUAGUUACUUGAGAAUCUUGAAUCUAAGGUUGCAUGUUUUCCGUGCCUAUUCAGGCCAACUUUCGACACAGUUUGGGAGGAAGGUUUUUUGAGGAUAAUAGCUAGCAUUGCUUUUGGGAUCUUGAAGUGAUUAAGACGCCGAGAUCUGCUCUUGAAUGGCGAACCAGGAUUUGAUUCUUGGCCAAAGUCAUAACCUGGGUCAGAAUCAGCAUUCUCUUUUAGGCCAUGAUCAUAAUCUCGGUGUCGGCCAAAAUCACGAACAUCAUCACUUGGGCCUGGGUCAGGCCCACAACCAUGAGCUGGGCCUAGGCCCGACCCAUGAUCAAGAAGGGAGCAGCAGCAGCCAUGCCUAUGUGCACGAGAACGAGUUGCCCAUGGAACAGAAACCUGACCACGAAGACCAUGAGCUGGCUCAAAACCAUGAGCUCACUUUGUUGAACAGCACUGAUUUGGGCAUCUCGGAGAAUCAGGAGCUCGACGACAAUCUAGAACUUGCUGUGGACCACAGCCAGGGAAUGGGAACGGACCUUUCUGAAGAAACGGGCCUUGAGGCCACUGGGCUCAUGGUCACUCCCCAUCCAAUUAUCCAAGCUCGUGCUUGUGUGGCCAGCCCAAACUAUGAGCUUGUGGUGGGUCAAGAGUUCCCUGAUGUCAAGAGCUGCCGAAGGGCGCUGAGGGAUACUGCAAUCGCCCUUCAUUUUGAGAUCCAAACAAUUAAAUCUGAUAAGACCCGGUUCACAGCCAAGUGUGCAAGCGAGGGUUGCCCUUGGCGGAUCCAUGCGGCGAAGCUCCCUGGAGUCCCCACCUUCACGAUUAGGACCAUCAAUGGGAACCAUAGCUGUGGAGGGAUCACCCAUCUGGGCCACCAGCAAGCUUCAGUCCAGUGGGUCGCCGAGUCCGUGGAACAGCGCCUGAUUGAGAAUCCAAACUACAAGCCCAAAGAAAUCCUUGAGGAGAUCCAUCGGCUCCAUGGAAUCACCCUCUCAUACAAGCAAGCCUGGAGAGGGAAAGAGCGAAUAAUGGCGGUAAUGCGGGGAUCCUUUGAAGAAGGAUAUCGCUUGCUUCCUCAGUAUUGUGAACAGAUCAAACGGACAAAUCUGGGGAGUAUAGCGGCGGUGUAUGGGAAUCCUACUGACAGUUCCUUCCAGCGGCUUUUCAUAUCUUUUCAGGCAUCAAUUUAUGGGUUUCUCAACGCUUGUCGACCUCUGCUUGGGCUAGAUCGGACGUAUCUGAAGAGCAAAUAUCUCGGAACUCUGCUUCUUGCAACGGGUUUCGAUGGAGAUGGAGCUCUGUUUCCUUUAGCAUUUGGAGUUGUUGAUGAGGAGAAUGAUGAUAAUUGGAUGUGGUUUCUCUCUGAGCUUCACAACCUCCUUGAGAUCAAUGCUGAGAACAUGCCAAGGCUCACAAUCCUAUCAGACAGGCAGAAGGGAAUCGUGGAGGGGGUGGAGGCUAACUUCCCCACAGCCUUUCAUGGAUUCUGCAUGCGCCACCUGAGUGAAAGCUUCAGGAAGGAGUUCAACAACACUAUCCUUGUCAACCUCCUCUGGGAGGCGGCCCAUGCCCUCACCGUGAUUGAGUUUGAGGCCAAGGUCCUUGAGAUCGAGGAGAUCUCGCAGGAUGCUGCGUACUGGAUCCGCCGGAUCCCACCCCGUCUGUGGGCAACAGCGUACUUUGAGGGGACGAGGUUUGGGCACGUAACAGCUAACAUAGUUGAGUCCCUCAACUCAUGGAUCCUCGAAGCCUCAGGGCUUCCAAUUGUCCAGAUGAUGGAGUGCAUAAGGAGGCAGCUCAUGACAUGGUUCAACGAGCGGAGAGAAAUGAGCAUGCAGUGGACCUCGACUCUCGUGCCCUCUGCUGAGAGGCGGGUUGCAGAGGCGCUUGAACGAGCCCGGACCUUCCAGGUUCUGCGGGCCAAUGAGGCAGAGUUCGAAGUCAUAUCCCACGAGGGGACCAACAUAGUGGACAUUCGAAAUCGAUGCUGCAGCUGCAGGGGGUGGCAGCUCUAUGGGCUCCCUUGCUCCCACGCAGUGUCGGCUCUCCUCUCAUGCCGGCAGAACGUGCAGCGUUUCACAGAGAGCUGCUUCACUGUGGCGACCUACCGGAAGGCCUACUCGCAGACCAUCCACCCGAUCCCUGAUAAGUCUCUGUGGAAGGAAUUGUCAGCAGAUGGAGGGGAUCCUAACGGGAACAGGGCCCUGGAUGUCAUGAUCAACCCGCCCAAGUCGCUGAGGCCCCCAGGGAGGCCGAGAAAGAAGAGGGUGAGGACGGAGGACCGCGGGAGGAUGAAGCGGGUGGUGCACUGCAGCCGGUGCAAUCAGACUGGACACUUUAGGACAACUUGUGCAGCACCUAUUUAAGAUAGUGGCAAAGUUAAGGUAGCAAUUAGGAGACUGUUCAUUCCAUGGAUUCUCUGUUUUUGUUUUUAACUAUCGAUUUUCUGUAGUCUAUCACGAAUUUAGGCUUCCGUAAGUAAAUAGUAGGUAGAGGGUUGUCUUGCCUUGUCGUGGGUGAGUUCGAAGUUCCUCGAUGGUCAGACGUCAUAGAUGUCAUGGAUUCAUACGGUAAUGGUGAAUUGUAACCUGGUAAUGUCUUGAAUAAUGUGACAUUUUUGCCAUCGAAAUCUCUUCUUUUUUCUUC